AUGAACGCGGCACCCCCCGGGGCUCGCCUCGGCCUGCUCCCUUCCCUGCUGCGGACUUGCGUGCGCCAAGCCCACACCGGCCCGGCCCGCCGCCCUGCGCCCAUGGGCUACCAGAGACCUGAGGGCCACGGCGAGAGAAUCUGGGUCUUUGCCCACCGGAGAACAGAACAAGUCAUCUUUUCCUUCAGGGACAGAUUAGAUGGCUUCCAUGACCUCAAGCAGCUCCCUUUCAACGGCAAGCAGACCAAGCCCUCCAAGCUCCGCAAAGACUACUGGUCCCCCAUGGCCAUUAUCCAGUUCCCAGCCGGCAUGGGCUCUGUCGGCCGCUCCGUCUUCCAGAAGCUGCGCGAGCUCAAACACCUGCACGAGGUCUCGUGGCCCGACGAGUUCCGAUACAAGCACGAGUCCGAGUACACAGAGGCCGACAAGCGCAAAAUAGCAGACGAAAAGGCAAACGGCAGGUCCUACCGGCCCGUGCGGAGCAAGGCGGACCGCGGCAAUGCCCUCAACGCGCAAAAGAAGAACGUCAUCGCUGACAUGGCCGUCGUGCUGGCGGGCAAGGGCGCCGGCAACAAGGUGGUCGUGACUAAGUCGGCAGAUGCAGGCAAGGAGGACGGGCAGCUGGUGGCCGUCACCGUCAAGUGGUCCAACGACCAGGACAUGGAAUUUGCCGAGGUCUGGUCGCACAAUGUCACCCAUGCGCUCUUCGAGGAACCCGCCUACAUGUCCAACCUGGUACCGAAACAACAAGUGGCCGAAGCGUCGCAAGAAGCCAAGGCAGAGGCAUGA